AUGUUCAGAAGAUAUUUAUCUACUACAGCUCCAAAAUUUCAAAAUGGUGCCUCUCUAAAAAAAAUAUUACAAAAAGAUGAAGCAUUUCAAGUGACCACAUAUGCCAGACCAGCCAAUCUCUGUAUUACUAGAGGUAAAAAUGCUAAGCUAUACGACGAUGUCAAUGGUCAUGAAUAUAUUGAUUUCACAGCCGGUAUUGCUGUUACAGCCUUGGGUCAUUCCAAUCCUGAAGUCUCUAGAAUUUUAGGCGAACAAUCGAAACGUUUGAUUCACUCUUCCAAUUUAUACUAUACUGCUGAGUCAUUAGAACUAAGUGCUAAAAUCAUCGAGAAGACAAAGCAGUUUGGUGGUCAACAUGACGCCUCCAAAGUUUUCCUUUGUAAUUCUGGUACUGAAGCUAAUGAAGCUGCCUUAAAAUUUGCCAAAAAGCAUGGUAUUAUGAUUAACCCAAAGAAGCAAGGGUUAGUUGCCUUCCAAAACUCGUUCCACGGUAGAACUAUGGGUGCUCUUUCUGUUACAUGGAAUGCUAAAUAUAGAACCCCAUUCGGAGAUUUGAUUCCAAACGUAUCCUUCUUAAACUUGAAUGAUGAAUUGACCAAGUUACAAAGCUUUAUUAAGGACAAAAAGAACGAUAUUGCUGGUUUAAUUGUGGAACCUGUUCAAGGUGAAGGUGGUAUUUUCCCUGUACCUGCUGAAACUUUGAUUGGAUUGAAAAAGAUCUGUGCCGACAAUGACGUUAUUGUCAUCUACGAUGAAAUUCAAUGUGGGUUAGGUAGAACUGGGAAACUGUGGGCUCAUGCUCAUUUACCAAAGGAAGCUCAUCCUGAUAUUUUCACUGCUGCUAAGGCUCUAGGUAACGGGUUCCCAAUUGCAGCUACUAUAGUUAAUGAAAAAGUUAACAAUGCUUUAAGAGUUGGUGAUCACGGUACUACAUAUGGUGGUAAUCCUUUAGGCUGUGCUGUCAGUAAAUACGUGAUGGAUACUCUUGCUGAUGAAACUUUCUUAGCUCAAGUAAACAAGAAGGCAGAAUUUUUCUAUAAGCGUUUAGUUAAGAUACAACAAAAGUUCCCAAAACAAAUAAAACAAGUCAGAGGUAAGGGUUUAAUGAUCGGUGCAGAAUUUGCUGAACCACCAACCGAGGUCAUCAAAAAGUGUAGGGAAUUGGGUUUAUUAGUCAUUACAGCCGGAAAGAGUACUGCUAGAUUUGUCCCAGCCUUGACUAUUGAAGAUGAAGUUAUUGAAGAAGGUUUGGACAUUUUUGAAAAAGCCGUUGCCGCUGUUUAUGCCUGA